AUUUAGCUACAGUUCACGCGAUGAUCGUAAAUAUCGUGACAAAUUUAUCGCAUCCUACACACCGUAUGGUAGGUUCCCUGUUCAUCGUUGGACCUAAUUCAUUCCUUAUCUUCUGUUCUGGUUAGACCAUUCCACCAUACCUAUAUGAACCAAUGUUGAGUGGUGACGAAACAACAUGUGGGAAUCAAGUAAAUCAGUUUUUUUCAUACUCCAACGGCCACGGUUUUUACAAUAGUGAAUUUACCGCUGGCAGCGGCUUCGUAAACACCAGAAGAGAAGUCAUCGAGGCUGUUUUUCCAGCUAACGGUCACGUGGCAAGUAACUCCAUGUUGGGUGACAAUGGACAAGCACUGUUGCAGCAUUUUCUUGCUGCUAAUAAUUAUAAUCCAAGUGGUCUUAUGAAGUUGUGGUGGGGAGGAGUUGUCAUACCAGAUGAGGUGAGCAGCAAAAGAGGGCAGUUUAGUGCCUGAAUAGUCUGCGACCAAGCUCUUCUUUUGGGGGAGUCGCGCGUUGCACGAGAAAUCACGCGUGAGCCGCACGCGAACGAAGACGUGGGAGCGAGAGACUGGGAAAAAACCUGUCAAUUGACCGAUGGUAUUUCGCUUCGUCGAGCUGGACGAAGCAGUUAUGAAAAACCUUUACUGAUCGUUGGAAGCUGUCCUUUUUCUUCGCCUCUCGCGGCUUCGUGCUCGCUUGUGCAUUCUCUCGCGAUUCGCUUCUCCCGCCAGGAAUGGAAAAUUGUUCGCAGGCUAGUGCCUGACCAGUGAGAUAGUGAAAUGAUUCCGAGCGGAGCGAGUUGAUAACUUUGUAGAAAUUGGCAUCGCGCGUGGAACGUGCGUGGAUCGCACAGCGAGGCGCAGAAACACGAGUCGGCUUUAUAUUUAUUUACAUAUCUUGACUUCUGGUUGGUAGUCGUAGUGACGUCAUCGAUUGUGCAUGACGUCGAGUUGAAUUAAGGUUUCCAAGCAACACGAUUUCCACUGGGUGCACUAUUAUGUCUUAUUCAUGAAAGGCGGACAUGGUUAUUCAUUCUCUGUCAAAAUUCUGUUGACCUGUGAUCCAUUGAGCCUAAUAUGGUUGCGAAUGCAACUGUCGUUCUAGCGAGGUAGAUUGACAAUUCCCGUGACGCCGAAAUUGUUUUAUCCGAAGUAACAACUCGGAAUGAUGCUAACGGUGAUGCAGUGAAAGCUUUUAACCGUCGGCUUAAACAGUUCUGUAGGCAAAAUGGAUGAAAACUGAUAAGUCACGCUAAUAUUACCCAGAUCGGACUCAAGAAAGGCGGAUUACAUCUGAAUAGGGGACGUAAUGACUCAUUACAUUGAAAUUUUGUAAAUUUUUUAUGGAAUAAUUGAUCUCCUGGUUCCUUGAAUGCCGAAUCUCCUGUAUCAGUAAAGCCAUCGUAUAUUACUUAAGGCAGUACGAGUUAUGACUCGAGUAUACGUAUAACAACGGUUUCCGAAACCUCUUAUUUGUCUUAUUUGCUACCCGCAAAACGCAGUUUUAAAAUAGCGUCCUUAAAUGUAUAUAGUCCAAUUAAAACAUAUUUUCUAGUCAUUCUUUUCUUCGUGAAAUUCUUGAUUUUAAUUUUUUUGCCCUUAGCCGCCUGCUUCAUCUUCAACAAGUACUCAUCUCAACAUGGAUAACGGGUUAAUAGGUAGGGAUCAUCCAGCAUAAACUAUAAUUUAAAGGUUUUUGUUUUCUUUGCUAUUAAAAUGAACACGUAUGUCAAUGGCAUUUUUUUUUUAUUUUUAUUGUUUCGACAGUACCAUCUGGGAUUGAGCUGGAUGAUUUGGGGCGCACGGUACGUUUUCGUAGGAUAAAAAUCGUCAGAAACUGUCUCCUUUCCAUUUCUUGCCCCAUGUAAGGGAAUUUGGAUUCCGGAAUUCGAGAAAUGUUUGCUUGUGGUCUCCGAAAUCCUGGACUUUGGAAUCCGGAAUACAGCUCAGGGAACGCGGAAAUCAACUGACGAUUUGAAUCCGGAAUCCGAAAUCCACGGUGUGGAAUCCAGAAUCCAAGACUGUCUUGGAUGGGCGACUUUCCACGCCAUGACCCACCAUGACUUCAAGACUCAAAACGACUUUUUUCUUAUUUAGGUCACCAUUCCUUGUAUGGAUGAUAUGUCCCGGUCUUCCUUCUCAAGGGCGAGUAAAUCGCCUUCAGAUAAUUGUAAUGGUAAGUGAUAAGAAUACAUCAUGCAGUUUAGAUAAACCUUUGGUAUUUUACUAUCCCGAAACGUUUUCCCGAAAAACCACGCGGUUCACGCGGGCUAUGAAUAUAUUUAAAAGGUUUCAAUGUUAGUCCGGUUCUACACAUCUCGUUUAAAAGGCAUAUACUAUUAGACGUUUUGGAACCGAUCGUGUAACGUUUUGAAUAGAAUAACGCGCUAUUUUAUUUGCCAAGUUAAAAGAACAGUCGAACCCUUUGUCGGAUUGAGAAUUGUUUAAAUAAGCAGCAAAAUUUACGCCGUAAAACGCUUUGUAAAAUUCUAGGGAUUCAAACUUAAUAUUCUACAGUACAUGAUCAAACAAAUAAUGGAAAAAAAAUUCCGAUAAACUGCGUGGCACUUUAGAGAGUAAGUAAGGGAAUGUUCAACAAAAAGACAAAGAAAAAUAAUGACCAAACACGGCACUUUCGUUCAUCAUUGAACAUUCUCUUAUUCUACAGUACUAGCUCUUACACAUUUUAUCAUUUUCACUUUAAGAUUUCACAACGCAUAUCCGGGUAUUCUAUGGAAAGCUAGAGGUUUUGUACACUGAAGCGAGGCUGACGGAGAGCGAACGCAUCAUCAGGUUCUUCUAUGGGAGCCCCAUAGCACCGGAACUGUUACAAAUGGAUUUGUACAGUAAAGUGUACGGACCGCCGGGUGCCAAGCAAAUUAAGCUACCGGAAGUAGAGAGCACCUGUCCGGAAACUAAGAAAGUGAUGAGCUAUUUGAAGCGCGGGCUGCUACUCGAAGUAACUGAGGAUUACGAUAUAUUAGCUACACGAUUGGCCCUCACCAGGGUAACUACUCCCUUGUAACUUAGUAGAGAAAUCUAGAUUCUAAAACGCGCGCGUGAACCAGUGUCAAUUUGGCGGGAAAACUCAAUAGCCGUCGUCAUUCUAGUGCGGGUGUUAUCGAGAAUGACGUAGUGUUGGAAGCAAGUGUCAAAUGUUAGAAGUUUCAUCAUUUGGCGAUCGGGAGAGGGCUUAACCUCCUUCAAUAAAUCACUGUACUAACUUGUCUGGUUGAAAAGUAAUGAGGUACGGAUGGAGUUCACACAUGAUGCCACAGUGACUUUUUUUGGCAUAAAGAGCAAACAUAAAACAACAACAACUACAGCAAAAAUACCCGUGAGGAACAAAUGAAAUAAAAAACUCGGACGACUCUUUUGUUUUCACUAGCCCUAAUUACAUGUAAACGAAUCGUUAACAAUAAAAGUGACCAUUAAAAACUAGGUUUUUCUCGGCGAGAAUUACCUUACACAAAACACAUUGUACAAUUCGUAUAUGCUCAAAUUCUUCUUUUUCUGUCCCUCACCAGGUUUUCUACUCUAACGGAAGACAACCGGCCACAAAACUACAGCGCGAGAAGCAAACUAAAGUCUUUGAUUACACAGGUAAAUUUAUUCCCACUCUUAGAGAAAGCAGAAAUGGUAAUUGUGAAUGCCCAGCUGAUGACGUCACUUUCUACUUGGGAAAGGCCGAUAGCAGCCUGGUAUCCAUUGUUGUCACUCACACCAAGGCCCGGACGAAUCUGCAUAAAGCAAAUACAACAGGCCAGAAGUUUUUGUCAGAACCGAAUCUGAAUGACCAGUUAGCAACCAGUUUAGAGCAGGAUUGUAUGUAUUAGAAUUGAGGCGAGGAACUUAGCUGUAGUAUGAACGUUCUGCCUGUUAAUUGCAUCGCGUUCAAGAUAAAUUUUUAAACGUUUUUCAUUUGUGUGGAAAAGCGGGUGAAAGAUUUUCACCAGAUGGAACAGUUUCAUUUGUCGUUAGAGCAAUGCUUACUCUGAUUAUCUUUGCACAUCAGCCGGGCGUGGCUGCGAACAUCUAGUCUUGUAAGUUAACAACGAGCAACAGAUGUAACCCCCCUUGAAGCCGUAUUCCCUCUUUUUUUAAAAAAAAACAAAACAAAAGAAACAGUCCACUGGAGACAAUUGUUCCACUUAAAUAAACCUUUGAUUCUCGAGACCCACCGUCUUUGCCUGCGCUGUAGGAGUAAU